CCAGCAUCCUCGGUUCCCGUCUGCCUCCUGCGGCCCACACCAGCAGCGGCUCUUCCAGGCUUCUGGGUUUCAGUUCCAGCCAGUCUCGGUCUCCAGACCCCCGGGACUCCGGCGCUGCCCAGUCCCGGCCAGAGAUGGCCUUGCGGCUGGGCUGGCUGGGCGCGAGGCCCUGCUGGCACGUAGUGCGGGGCGAUUAUGGACAGCUGCACGCCUGGUGCCCGCGCGGCGCAUCCGCGCGCAGCUGCCCACUGCCUGGCACCGCUGGUCCCCAGCCUCGCCGCGGGCUGGGCCAUGGCCCCUGGGCUGGAGGCGGGUCCCGGCUGGGGACCGGUCUGGCCGCGGCGCUGGCGGGGUUGGCAGGGCUGGCAGCCGCCGCCUUCGGGCACGUUCAGCGGGCAGAGAUGGUGCCCAAGAGCUCAGGGGUGCGAAGCCCCUCACCUGGACGGCGGGAUGGGGACGAUGACGAGCUGGCCCGCCGCUGCAGCACCUUCAUGACCUCGCCGGUGACCGAUGUGCGUGAGCUGCGGAAGAGGCCGGAGGACAUGAAGACCAAAAUGGAGCUGAUGAUUAUGGAGACCCAGGCCCAGGUGUGUCGGGCGCUGGCACAGGUAGAUGGAGUCGCCGACUUUUCUGUGGACCGCUGGGAGAGGAAGGAAGGAGGUGGUGGCAUCACCUGUGUCCUUCAGGAUGGCCGUGUGUUUGAGAAGGCAGGGGUGAGCAUCUCCGUCGUUCAUGGGAAUCUUUCUGAUGAAGCAGCCAGCCAAAUGACAGCCAGGGGGAAAGCUCUGAAGAGGAAAGAUGGUAAAUUGCCAUUUACUGCUAUGGGUGUGAGCUCUGUGAUUCACCCCAAGAAUCCUUAUGCACCCACUAUGCAUUUCAACUACAGAUACUUUGAAGUAGAAGAAGCUGAUGGUAACACACACUGGUGGUUUGGGGGUGGAUGUGACCUCACCCCAACAUACUUGAACAAGGAGGAUGCUGUCCAUUUCCAUCGCACUCUAAAGGAAGCUUGCGAUCAACAUGGGCCAGACAUCUACCCCAAGUUUAAAAAAUGGUGCGAUGACUACUUCUUUAUAGUGCACCGUGGAGAGCGGAGGGGCAUCGGAGGCAUCUUCUUCGAUGAUCUCAACUCUCCAUCCAAGGAGGAGGCAUUCGGCUUGGUUAAGUCGUGCGCGGAAGCGGUGGUUCCUUCCUACGUCCCCAUUGUGGAAAAGCACUGCGAUGACUCAUUCACCCCCCAGGAUAAGCUGUGGCAGCAGCUGAGGAGAGGGCGGUAUGUGGAGUUUAAUCUGGUGUAUGAUCGGGGAACCAAGUUUGGCCUCUUUACUCCGGGAUCCAGGAUUGAAAGCAUCUUGAUGUCUUUACCUCUAACAGCCCGAUGGGAGUACAUGCAUUCACCCCCGAAGAACUCCAAAGAAGCUGAAAUUCUGGAAGUAUUACGCCAUCCGAAGGACUGGGUGCAUUGAUGCGGCAGAGCGCCGUGGCAGGCCGUGGUGGACACAGGUGUGGUCUCCCUGCACUGUUACCGUGUGUGGCAGGCAGGCCCGUGUGCCUUAUUGCUCCAGCCUUCUCUGCUCUGGGCACCACUCUGUGGCAGCUGUUCACGAGCCUUUCCAGUGCUAUGGGGUGAGGUGGCAGUGAUGGGUGGGGAUGUAGAAAAAGUCAGAUUUGUUGGAUGUAAAAUCCAUUUGUACUUUUUAGAAUCAUUCUCUAUGACCAUUUAAUUUGACAUUGGGUUUCCAGGUCUUAAGAUAAGGGAAUGUAAGUACUGUGAAAAUGUACCAGGAAACUCUUCAUUUUAUUUGUUGCUUGAAGUUUCAGUUUUUUGCCACAGUCGUUUUUUUUCUAGGGAUACAUUUUAUCUUCAUUAGUUUAGUCAGGUUGACCUUCUUGGUAACUUCAGAAUGCAAUUUGAAACCAGGUGUCUGUGGUGCACGCCUUUAACCCCAGCACUUGGGAGGCAGAGGCAGGUGGAUCUCUGUGAGUUAGAGACCGUUACUAGAGUGAGUUCUAGUAUGGCCAGGGCUACACAGAGAUACACUGUCUUGAAAAACCAUAAAGCCAGGAAACCAAAAACCCAAAACAACAAAUCAAAAAACAACAAAAAAGACAAAAGAAAAAAAGACAGAAUUUGAAGGAAUAUUUUUCUUUGUUAUUUUUGAAAUUUUUUAAUGUAAUUUUCAUGUAUCUUUUUCUAUAGACCAGAAUAUUAUAGAAAUACUCAUUUUUAUAAAGAUAGAUAUUUAGGAGUUCUGGAAAUUUCCUUAAGUCAGUUCCUGUAUUAUAUAAUGAUGACCUAUAGUUUACAACUGUAAAUGGCAUUAUUAUUAUUAUUUAAAUAAGGGACAUCUAAAUGGUGAGCUUUUGUGGGGUCAUAAUUUGCUGACAUUGUGAUUCUAUGGAUUUUUGAAAGCAAAAGCUUAUAUCCCUGGAUUCUGAUACUUACAAGAAGUUUUAUAUUUCAGACAUUUAGAUAUGUUAGUUUAGACUAAGAACAAAUGAAAAACAUUUUUCAUCUUUAAUUAAAACAAAUGGAGCUAGUCUAACAUGUGGGCAUUUUAUGUAUUUUUAAAAAAUAGACAAAUAGAAAUUGUUCUAGUUUUCAAAUUAGAGAUUCCUCCACUUUUAUCUUUUAUUUUAAAAGUCACAGCAGAUUGCUUAGUGCAUGGUUUAUCUGUUGAAAUAGUAAUAUGACUGCACUAUUUGUAAGGAACAGUGCCUCAUACAUAUUUAAAUAUCCUAAAUAUGUUCAAUGUAUGUGAUUGUUAUUUGGCUCUUUAGGGUGAGAAAAUCUACAAGUUCUUCUACAUGUCUUAUAUAAAUCCAGCUAAUAAAUUUUAUUUUAAAAUAAGACAAGUAAA